AUGGAACCGGCUGCGACAAGCCUCCGCGUGCGGCCUGCAGAGCCGACGGCUGCGUCGCCGACGCUGGCAACGCUGCCAGCGAAACGCUGGGGCAAAGUCGAGGCGCUCCUCGGCCUCGGCUACAUGCUCGUGUCGAUCGCGAGCGGAUUCUGGUACGUCCUCGAGCUCAGCGAGACGUUUGCGAACGACAUGUGGUGGGCCGGCUACAACCUCAGCGGCCACGAAGCGUUUAUCGUGGACGUCGCCAACCAGUUGCUGCACCCGGGCCUGCCAGAGGGCGCGACCCUGGAUCUGCUGAGCGCUAGCAUGGUCAAGCAGUACGCGUCGCCCGUCUCGUCGAGCCUCAUGUACCCGACGUACGCGCGCCAGCUCGUGCUCCACGAGCUCCAGUCGCUCGAGUACGCGGUGCGCAACCUCCGGACGCUCUCGCCGGCGUGGUCGCUGCGCAUGAACACGCAGCACUGCUACGUGGACUUUGCCAAGGCGUUUGAGAUCGCGCACACGGAGGCGCGCCAGGCGCGGUGCGCAGCCAAGUACUCGACCAACGCCGCCGUGUACCUCGAGGCGACGCUCCGCAACCAAGUGUGGAGCAACUUUCUCGGCUUCUGGGCCGGGCCCGGCAAGGCCUUCUCGAUCGGCCUCCUCGGGCCGCUGCAAGCGACCCGCGCUGGACAAGAGUGGCUGGCGACGACGGCCGCCGCGCUCCCGACGCACUCGGUGGCCGCCGAGGUCGCGUACUGGACGUCCUUUGGCGUCCAGCGCUUUGAGAUGCUGUGGCAAGACAAAACCGAGACGGGCAUCACCGAAUCGUUCACGAUCUGGAACGCGCUCGGGAUGCCGCACACGUUUGCCAUCAAGAGCGCGGCGGCGGCGGCGGGCCCGUGGAGCUCCGAGAACCUCUACUGGCAGCCGCUCAACGACCUCUGGGCCAUGUGGACCUUCAACCGCAGCCUCAUCGCGUCGUCGCCCAACUGGUUUGGGCUCAAUCGAACGCGCAACAACCUCGCGCUCAUCAACGGCAACAGCCGCGCCGACGGCACCUUCGACCCGGUGCCGCAGCUCUUCAACGACGCGAUCGGGCCGUUCGUGACGGUCGACAUCUUGUACGUAGCACCACCAGUGGCGCUUCGCAGCGUGUUUGACGCAGUGCAAGCAGUCGUUGCGAACGCCAUCACGAGCACGCGCGCCAUCAAAGCGCAGUACGACGCGGUGCGCGCCGCAGCCGUCGUGCUCACGCCGCAGCCGCCGGCGUGGACAGCCGAGAGCACGCGUCUCUAUUACGGCGGCAACCCGGGCUGCACGCGCAACGCUGGCACCGCGUACGUGCAGGAGACGAUCGGCUUCUUUGACGCGUGCAACUCGGGCGCGCCACUCGCCGUCUCGUUGGACGACCCAAACGGUCUUCUCUUUGCGCUUCAGUUUUACGCGCCGGCGGCUUCUGACGCGUGCGCGCUGUCGUCGGGCCGCCGCGCCGAGUGCCUCCAGCUUCUCUCGGCGGCGACGACUCUCGCGACGGCCGUCGGCGCCGGAGUGCCGACAGCGGAUGCCCUGAACGCGGUGCAAGCGGUCGGACCGGAGCUCAUGCAGUUUUCGUUUCGUGGCGUCCACGGCGAGCUCCUGCGUCAGCCGCUGCUCGACACCACGUCGCCUGCAUGGUCGUUCUACGGCAGCGUGAUGCUCUACGACUGGGUCCUCGGUCGCCGCGAGGUCUUGCAAGUGGAAGGCGACGUCACGACGAUGGUCCUCCUGUCGGCGGCUCUCGCGCCCAAGGUCGUGCCCACGAGCAGCGGCAACCGGUACAUCGAGAGGGCGACCGUCGUGCUCGUCUACCUCAUCGCGGCCACGAGCGCCAUCUUGGCGCUCGUCGCGCUGCUGUGCCUCUGGUACGCGUCGCUCGGCAUCGUCGGCCGCAACCUCGCGUUCUUCAACCGCGUCGCCGGGGCCACGUGGGUCGGGCGGCCGCUGCUCUUUCUGCGCGGCGCGGCGGCCGCCUGCCUCCUCAGCUCCACGCGCCUCGCGCUGCUGGCCGACAACGGCGUCACGCGGCUCGCGCUCUCUCCGCGCGGGUUCCUCGCGUCGGCGAUCGUCGCGGCCGAGGCGACGUGGGUCACGUACGUGGUGCAGGACGUCAUGGUCAUUGUGCACGCGCCCGUGACGGCCCGCGUCGGCCCCAUGGUGUCGUGCGCGCUCUGGCUCGCGUUCCUUCUCCUCGACCAAGUCGCGCCGCUCUCGCCUAUCGGGACCGUCGCCCGCGUCUGCGACAGCACCAACAUGGACUACGCCGUCGCGUGCUCCAGCGCGUCCGUGGCGCUCGGGUCGGCCCCGCGCUUCUUUGCGCUCCUCGGCGUUCAAGUGGCGCUGCCGCUGCUCGCGUUCGGCGUCGGGCUGCGCUGGCUGCCGCGGCCGUCGACAGCGUCGACCAAGAGCUUGCUGCUCUCGGGCGCGGCGCUGACGUUUCUGGCGCCGCUCCCAGAGUCGACCGACGCGGUCGCCGUCCUCGACGACGUCUCGUGCGUCCUCACCGGCGUCCUCCCGUUCCGUCGACGCCUCUUCGACAUGCCGCUCUGGGUCAUUUUACCCAAUGUGCUGCCGACGUCCCGCGGCGUCGCGCUCGAGACGCCGCUCUUGGAUGGCUCCAAGCGCACCGCAUCGACGCUCGGCUCCUCGCUCCGCAAGCCGACGUCCACCACCGCGGCGGUCGCGUGGCUCUCGGCUCUCGGCGGGUUUGGCUACAUCCUCGCGUCCAUUGCAGGCAGCGUCUCGUACGCCCAAGUGUCGGCGACCAACUUGGCCAACGACGUCUUCUGGGCCACGUUCAACUCGACCGGCACGCACGCGCUGCUCGCCAAUUGGUUCAACGAGCAGCUCGUCCUCGGCGUCGCGUCGGACGACGUCGCCUUGCAGCGCGUGGCAUUGCCGGCCUACUAUGGCGCGGCGACGGCGCUCGUCUCGGCGCCCGUCAACUUUGGCGCCAAGCUGCAGCACGCGCAGCUGAGCUCCGUGGUGGCCGCGAUCGAGGGGCUGCGCGCGACAGACGCGUGCCAUGCGCCGUGGAUCUUUACGCCCUACUGCUACGUGGACGUGGCGCGCCGGUGGGAACUCGCCCACAGCCAAGCGCGCCAGGCGCGGUGCGCGACCCAAGUCGGCAACGGCGCUGUCUUUCUCGAGCUGCUCUUGCGCAACAUCGACGCGACUGCGUGGCGCGCGUGCUGGGGCGACGCCUUUGAGAUCGCGAUCGGCCGCGCGCUGUCGACGACGAUCGACGGUGUCGCGCUCCUCAGCAAGCUCGCGUCGCCGACCAAAGCCUCGGUGCGCGACGAGGUCGUGUACUGGACCAGCGCCCAGAUCUCGUCGUACGACGUGCAGUGGCAAAACUACAAGCGCGUUGGCGUGCUCAACAGCUACGUCGUCGUGAAUGCCUACGGCGUCGCGUACCCACUGACGCUGCAGGCGCAGACCGGGAGCUUCCGCCUGGCGCAGCAAACGUCGCACAAAAUGUACUGGGGCCUUGGCCACGACCUCGGCGCCGUCGCGUACAAUGCGAGUGGCAUUGGCGGACAAAGCCUUGUGCGCGGCAGCAGCAACUACGCAUUCGCCAACGCGUCGACGCUGCAGUCGGUGAUGGUGGCCAACGGCACGCUGGCGGCGCCGCUGCCCGAGGCCUUUGCGAUUUUGACGACGACGGCACUCGGCCCGUUUGGCACCAUCGACAUGACGUACGUGUCGGUGCCCAGCGCGCUCGCCGCCUUCAUCGCGGACCUCUUGGCGCAGGUGCGCUCGACCGUCGCCGAGAGCGCAGCCGCCGAGGCCCUCUACUUCAACAUCACGCCGAUCGUGACGUCGUACCCGCUGCCGCUGGCGUGGCUCGAACGCACGCCGAUCGGGUAUGGCGGGUCGCCCCUCUGCCCCGGCGCCGCGCGGACAGCCGGCUCGAAGCUCAAGGGGCCGCGGCAGUUCUUUUCGUUCGACGCCGCGUGCUCGUCGGGGGCGCCGACGUCGGGGUUGCUCCAGCCGACGCGGGACGCCUAUGUGUUUAUGGCCACGAUGGCGCGGCUUCCGUCGCUCGAUGCCGUGUGCGCCAACGACGCGUUCAACAUUGGGUCGUGCGUCGGCGCGUACCCGAGGACGCUCGCCGCCUUUCUCAGCGCGUCCAAGUAUGACGUGGCGGCGUCGACGGUGGCGGCGCUCGCCGCGCAGAUCGCAGCCAUGGACAUCCGGGCCAUGGUCUGGGCGAGCCUCACGCCCACGUCGCCGAUCGAGCUGUGGCACAUCAACCUCGUCAACAGCAGCGACAGCACGUAUUCGUUUUUCGGGUGGAACUACAUCUUUGACUGGGCUCUCGGGCAGCGCGAGGUCGUUGCGUUCGUCGGCGACGUCGGGCGUCUCAACCUGAUCUCGGAGCUCCAGGCGCCGCUGGCGCAGGACGUGCUGCCGUGGGAAGUGUCGACCAACAUCGCGCGCUACUUUCGAGCUGGCGUGCUCUACGUCACGUUCGUCAUGAUUGUCCUCGCGGGCAUCGCGGGCGGCUACAUUGUCGCAGCGCGCGGCCACAUCCAAGGCCUCAACAUGCUCGAGCUCGCGCGCGUCGGCGGCCACGUCUGGAUCGGUCGACCGUUCCUGUUUCUGCGCAGUCUCACGGCGCUCACGCUUCUCUCGACGAGCACGGUCACACUUGGCUUCUCGGGCCGCGUCUCGUCGUUAUCGAUCGUGACCAUGCCGUGGUACAAGACGCUGCUCGCCGCGAGCGAAGUCACGUGGCUCGUCGCGGUCGUCAACGACAUCAUGAUCGUCUUCACGAGAGCCUACACGGCGACCUACGCCACGUUCAACAGCGUCGCCGUGUGGGUCACGGCCGCUGCCCUCUCGUUCGCCGCGCCUGUUGCCCCGACGACGCGACUCGGCCUCGACUGCAGUCUGCUGCAGGUCGAUCUCCAGGUCGUGUGCCGCGGCGGCACCAUCGAGAUUGGCCAGGUCGAGCGCCUCGGCGUCUUGGUCGGCAUCGUUCUGGGAUGGAAUGUAAUUUGCUUUUGCGGCACGAGGCUCGUUCUCUUCCGCAGCCGCAAGCCACGCUACCUCUUUGAACACUCGGGCCGGACCUGCAACAGCAUCUACUUUCUCGACCGCGCGUCGGCGGCGAUCACGGGCUUGCUCACGCUCCGGUACCGCGGCCGUAUGUAUGCGCUCGACUUUAAGCUCUGGCGCUUCGUUGCGCUGCGCAUGCCGAGCAUCCCCGACACGGAGGUGCACGCUGGGUCGUGGCGCUCGGCCGUACCGCUCCAAGACUAG